ACGGAAUGCAUCGCGUUUUUUCUCUUGAGAUCAGGAAGUCCUAACUAACUCUUGAGCCUACAAAGUGACAGACUCACUAACUUUGGCGCCACCCGGUGGCUAUCUGCAGUUGGGGUGGCGUUUAGCAGCUGCAGCGCAGCUCACACAAACACAAAACUUGAGCUAUUUAUACCCGGCAACCGGAAGCGUUCUCCUCCGCGCACCACCUCCUCUCAGAGCCAUGGAAGCUGACGCGAUCCAUGCUCCCACCACGUCUUCCUCCUCCGAUGGCGACUCCGGCGCCGGCUCGUGCGUCAUCAACGGCGCGCAGGAGCUGCCGUCCACGAACGGCAGGCAACACAAGCACGUGACGCGGAAGCGAGCCGCGUCCCCGCCCGCUGCUCCCGGUGGCCGCCGGCCGCCGGAAGUCGCCGUGGACGAGGAAGCCAGCGCCGGCGCCGGCGGCCGGCGCAAGAUGGGGAGCGCCGGCACCAGGCACCCGACGUUCCGCGGCGUGCGCAUGCGGGUCUGGGGCAAGUGGGUGUCCGAGAUCCGGGAGCCCCGGAAGAAGUCGCGCAUCUGGCUCGGCACGUUCCAGACCGCGGAGAUGGCGGCGCGCGCCCACGACGUGGCCGCGCUCGCCAUCAAGGGCCGCGCCGCGCACCUCAACUUCCCGCACCUCGCGCACGAGCUUCCCCGCCCGGCGUCCACCUCCCCCGCUGACAUCCAGGUCGCGGCCGCCGUGGCAGCCGCUGCCGCUGCCGCCGCCGCGGACGUAGAGCAAUGUGUCUCUUCCCAUGCCGACGAGACGUCAUCGUCGUCAGCGGCCAGUUCGGAGAAGGUGGCCGCGGGCGCCGCCAAGGCAGCAGAAGCAGGAGCCACCGCCGGCGUGGAGCAAUGCGAGUCCUCCCCUGCCGCCGAGGCGUCGUCGUCAUCGGCUGCCAGUUCGGUGGAUGCCGCGGCCGGCCACAGCGAGGAGAGCGUGCUGUUCGACUUGCCCGACCUUCUGCUCGACGGCCUGUGGUCGCCCAUCUGGGCGGCGGCUCCCGCGGCGGCGGCGGAGUAUGACGGCGACAGCCUGCACGAGCCGCUUCUGUGGGCCGACGACGAUCACUGCUGGAUGGGCGCCGCCGCGCCGGUGCAGACGGACUAGCAGUGACCCGCCGGUGGUUGGCUGCAACAGAUCGACGACGGGCACCAUGUGCUUUUGCUUCGCGUGCACUGUGCCGCGAGAAACAAAGUAACAGACGAAAGGCCGGGCCACGCUCGAGGUCGAGGCGCACGGCCGUGGGCGAUUGUGGGGUCGCUGUGAUCUCCGGAUGAUGGCAAGUCAUUGUAGGGUGCGGUGAAACAGUGGUUUGCCAUGUAAUAUUUUGGGAAUAAUAUUUUGGGAGUGUUGAUAUAUGCCACUUCCACAGAAGCGCGUUAAUCCUAAA